CAAAAUUCAUAUUAUUCAUUUUGACUUGUAUCAUAUAUAUCACAUGACAUUCAAAGCAUGUCCAUGACCAUAUAUACCUUGCAUAGACCAAUUUGUAUUGUAACUCUUGUUUUUUCUAGACUAUUUUGUAUUAAUUGGACUAUUAGUCUUUUCUGCAUAUAUAUGCAUGGUGGUUUGAGAUUUGGUAAGUGUAGUUUGCCAUGUCUAAUCCUUCAAAGAGUGUUCAAUAUUGUAGUAAAGAUGAUAAUGAACUUAGGAGGGGACCUUGGGCUCUUGAAGAGGAUGAUAUCCUCAUCAAAAACAUUGCUAAUCAUGGUGAAGGGAGAUGGAAUUUUUUGGCUAUGAGUUCAGGUUUAAGGAGAACAGGAAAAAGUUGUAGAUUAAGAUGGCUAAAUUAUCUAAAGCCGGAUGUAAAGAGAGGAAAUAUAACCUCAGAAGAAAAGCUUUUGAUUUUUGAACUCCACUCUAAAUGGGGCAACAAGUGGUCAAAGAUGGCACAACAUUUACCAGGUAGAACGGAUAAUGAAAUAAAAAACUAUUGGAGAACUCAGAUUCAAAAACAAGUAAAACAUUUGAAACUUGACAUAGAUAGAAGGAAAUUUCUAAGAAGUGUUAGCCCUUUAAAGACAAUAACAUGUCAACAAAAAUCAAAAGAAUCAUCCCAUUCAAUUACCAUGACCAUUCAAAACCAAGCAAUUCAUUUGCCAUUUGAUGGUGUUUCUUCUUCUCAUUACUCAUCAAUUGGGACAAUACCAACACAAGUCUCUUGUAAGGAAGCUUGUAUGAAUGAAGGAGUUUCAAAUAAUGGUUUAUGCAUGUCAACUUCAAAAUCAACAAAUUUGACACAACAUUUGGGAUACACUACUACUCAAAUUCAACCCUUAGAGAACAAUGAGUUUGGCAUAUGUGGAUAUGAUGGUUAUUACAUAAAUAACAAUUCCUUAAACUUGACAACCACAAUGGUUGCUGAGGAUUUCCAAAUAUCAGAAAGCAAUUGGCUAGACAAAGAUUUUGCAUGUACUAGCAUAUGGGGUAUUAAUUAAUUUGGCAAAGUUAGAAAUAUUCCAAAGUGAUUUAAUUUAGAGUUUCUUUUUAUAAUCACACGUAAACUAAUUUUUAUUA